CCUUUCUUUCUCUUUGUAAAUUUGUUAAUGUUUGUGCUGAUCUAUCACUUUAUGCUAAUCAAAUAAUUUGAAGUUUUGUCGUUGCAAAGCGACAGAACUCUUGUACAGAUCACUGUUUGCUCUUCCAGGCGCCGCAACAGCCACACUCAGCGCCGAGCUCUUUAUUCAGUCCGAUUGUCUGGCAGCGUUCGUUCUCAUGGGACUGCAGCGUUGGUUCAUGUUCGCCGUGGUGGGCCUGAUCUUCCCGUUCCUCAUUGACGCUUUCGGCUCGUACUGCUUCACGCUGUUUGCCGUCGUGUCCCUGCUGGGCAGCUUUUACACCUUUUUCCUUCUGCCUGAGACCAAGGGGAAGUCUCUGGUGGACAUUUCGGAGGAGUUUAAAGCCAUCACGGUGUGUGGGAAAUCCUUCCUGGAGGGAGAGAGGGUGGAGACCAAGUUGUAAGGCAUGGCAUCCCGAGAAGACGCUUUAAAUGGUAGAAACGUACACCGAAUACCGAGAUUUUUCCUGGACAGUUUGAAGACGGAUUCAAACAAAACAUUUAGGGAUGUAGGAUGUACCACACCUCAGUUUUCCACAUCCUGAAAUUAAGUACAAAUAUUAAUCCUUUGUCAGUUUUAUUCCAAGAAUCAUUGUAUCUUCAAUGGAUCACUACUCAAUUCUUGUACCCAGUCACUGACCUCCAUACCGGUGCAGUUUAGCUCGAGUUGUCUCACACACACACGUACACACGCGCACACACACACACACGCACACACACACACACACACACACACGCACACACACACACACACAGCAGGCCGCCUGUGCUGCGGCGGCUACA